AGACAGUUGGAUCCAGUGGGUCCUCCCACCGAUGUCUGCCUAUUUAUAGGCUUAGAAACGCGCUGCCGCGUGUCGUGAUAACAGAGCGCAACCGGGAGACGGAGAGAUAAAUCACAGCACGUGCCGGCUCUGGCCCAGGCUGCAGCCAUGCCUCUUCUGGAAGAGACCACUCUGCCACAAGAUCACCCACCUACCCUCCCUGCGGUCAUCAUAGGUAACGGUCCAUCAGGUAUUUGUCUCUCCUACCUACUUAGUGGAUACAAGCCUUAUUUAGACACAGCGACGGUCCACCCAAACCCAAUACUCUACAGGAAACUACAGGAAACCAAACACCUCCCCAUAACUGAGCAGGAUUUGGAAUAUUUGAGUGAAGGUCUUGAGGGGAGAUCAAUGAAUCCUGUGGCUGUGCUUUUUGAUACACUCCUACACCCCAAUGCUGAUUUUGGCUACGAAUUCCCUCCCGUCCUUCAGUGGAGAAGAGACAAGCAACAACACAUCCCACAUCUGGUUCUUGGAAAGGCAACACCUGGGGGUGCUUGGCAUGCUAUGGAAGGCUCCAUGCUGACUAUUAGUCUUGGCAUCUGGAUGGAGCUUCCUGGCGUCAACUACAGCGACUUAACCAAUGGGAAGCGCAGGGAUGUAACCAGUGACAGAGCCACCCCAGAGGAGAUCUCAUCAUAUUACCGUGACUACGUGAAGCUGAAGGGUCUCCAAAAAAAUUUUGUUGACAACACCUAUGUGACCUCUGUCCAGAAACUCUGCCGGGGGAACGAGGUGGAAAGUCUGGAAAAUGGGCAAGCUGAUCAAGUAAAUGGAGGGGUGGGAGAAAGUGGGAAUGAGGGCUUUAGAAAUGGAGAGCAGAGUAUAAACAUAGGAGGAGGGGGGACUCUCUGGGAAAUAAGGGGAUAUCAGCAGGUACAAAAUGACACUCAUGUCCCCUUCUCUCUUUUUGCCGAGAACGUGGUUUUGGCCACUGGUGCGUCCGAUUCACCAGUUCGAUUAGGUGUAGAGGGGGAGGAUCUACCUUUUGUAUUUCACAGCAUCUCAGACCUGGGCUUGGCUCUCAGUCAGAGAAAACUGGAUAUGAACUCUGAUCCGGUUUUAAUCGUAGGUGCUGGCUUAAGCGCUGCCGACGCAGUCCUAUGUGCUUGUAACAGCAACAUCAAAGUGCUGCAUGUUUUUCGCAAGAACGUAGACAACCCAGACCUCAUCUUUAAGCAGUUGCCCAAGACCUUGUACCCAGAGUACCACAAAGUGUACAGUAUGAUGUGCUCUCAGACCUACACAAAUGUGGCUUCAUCUUCUACUUCGAACAGACCCCAGGCGGUUAGCAUCGCCUCUUCGGUAUGUGCCAAGAUGUGCCCUAAACCCCAGCUUGCAUCAGGUAACGUAGCUGGAGGGGCCAGCACCAACUUCUUUCCCAACUACACCAGUUUCCCUGAACACUGCUUGGUGUCCUUCCAGCCGGACAUGAAGUGUUUGCUGCAGGGAACCAACUCUCUAAAGGCUUUCAAGAUCUCCAUGGCGCUGGUAUUGAUUGGAACCAACCCAAACCUGUUUUUCCUGAAGGAACAGGGCCAGUACUUGGCUCAGGAUCCAACAAGACCCAUCUCCUGCAAGCAAAACCCAAUUGACAUCAACCCCUACACUUUUGAGUGCACCAAUGAGCCAGGGCUUUUUGCCAUGGGUCCAUUAGUGGGAGACAACUUUGUUCGCUUUUUGAAGGGUGGCGCCUUAGGCAUCGCUUCCUGUCUGCUGAAGAGACUCAAGAAGAGAGAAAAGCUAAUCAGUAAUGAAGAAAAUAACUUCAUUUGAAAACAUGAAGAAAACAAUACAAGACGGUCUGGUCUUCAGGCACAGAUUUAAAACCAACAAUGAAAAGAGGAAGGAAAAAAGAAGGAAAAAAAAACGUUUUAAUAUACUUUCUUCAAUAAUACGGUGUUCGUCAUCCAAGCUACGGCAUCGUACAGGUUUCUGAGACCAAAAAGACAACAGAUGUACACUCAUUAGUUUCUAAUGAAACAAAAGACAGCUUUCAAGUCUUGUCUGACUUCAUAUGAAGUCUCCACAUGUCCAGGCUACCAUGUGCCAAUGUUUUGAAGUAAUUCUGUAACCUCAUAACAGAAUGGGACCUUAUUUUCAUCAGGGUUAUUUAUUAAUUCACCAUGUGUCUUCAAUCCAUCUACUAACAAUUUUAAGCUGCUAUAUAAGUCUUCUUUAACUUUUAGAAUCUUUAAUAAGGAAAAUAGUAAAAAUAAAUAAAUAAAUAAAUAAAGGACACUAAACCAUUUCUUUCUAUGCUAUUCAUAGUUGUAGGAAGGAUGUGGGGGGUCGGCAUAGCAACCUGUGAUUCCCCAUCCAAAAUUAACUCUUUGCAGCAAUGUUCAUUAGUCAUAUCCAAACAUGCAACCCAACAAGUUCAUGGCUAAGAAGAUUUAAUGCUUUAAUUACUGUAUUUAGCCAUUUUUUUCUUCAGUUUUUAAGUUAUUGAACAUAAUGUAAAGCCAUUGCUUAAUAAAUUUGAUUUCUUUCUUCUACGAUACCAUAACAAAUAUGCAAAAAAUCCCACAAAGAUUUGAAUUUAUUCUCAUGCAAGAUCUUGACAGGAUAUGGUCAGUAAAUGGUAAUUCUAGUGUUUAAAGGCAUUCAUUUUCGUAGUUUGACAAAAUCCUCAAAUAGGUAAUCUAGUGAACAGUAAAAGUCCACAACUUUUGUCAAAUGAUAUUCUUUUUUUUCCAUUUGUGCAAAGGUCUUUUCAAAGUCUCAAGCAUAGCCAUAUUUAUUUUCCAGUCUGUUUAAGGUACAAAGUACAGAACAGGACAAACAUUCAGGAAUUUUGAUCUCUUAAACAUAGAAAGAGUUAAAUCUGUGCUUGGUUCGGAGGGAGGUAGCCAUAAAAGCAAACCUUUCUCUUUUUUGGUUGUGAACACUCGAUUUUCUAUUGUAGUAGAUAUAAUCAUGAGGCUGACCAAUAAGGGUUUCUCUGCGACUGAUGAUUAAAAAUGAGCUAAGUGGCUAACUGAUUAAUCAGUGUCUUUCUCUAAUACUAACACUGUAUUUUUUGUUCGUAUCAUAAUAAAGAGACUAAAACAUAAAUUUGGAUGGUUUUUUAAACUAGGGGAGCAGACUUUUGCACAGUAAUACAAUCUUGGAUCAGUUUCAAUUUCUGCAAAAACAAAAAAACUCAAAAAACACUGACCACUUUAACAGAAAACUCUGAUUUCAUAAUUAUACUAUUAGAAAAAUAAAUGUGCAUCACAUUCAAAGAUGAUUCUUUGGAAGGUCAGAGGACAUGGUAGAAAAUAGAUUAAAACACCAGCCAGACCCUUUAACUACAGCCUUUUAAAAUGACACAUCCAUCCAUCAAAUUAGACGUCACAAUUAAAAACCAUGGUCCAAAUUUCUUGCCUUUUUUUCUUUUAAAAUCAAUCUAUAUCUGGCAUUCACUAGUUACCAUUUUUGUAAUAACAUCCCACCAUUUAUUAUAUCUAACAUCUAUUAACACCGGAGCAUCAUUGUAGUCAUGUGAAGUGUUUUUGCUGACACUGUGAAGCGGCAGAUAACGUUUUGUUCCUGAGAUACAACAAACAGGCCAAAAAUUUUGCAAUUCAGCGUGAAUUGCAAAGCUUUUUUUUGUCUCCUUUAAGUUUAGUUCUACAUGUGUGAAAUUAUUCUGCCACAUCCUCAAAACGACUUAACAGUAGGUACGACUGCAUUGUUAGGUGACAAAAACAACGUAGAAAGGUGACAGUUGUGAUCCAUUUUCUAUUUCUGCUAGCUUUUCUUUCCCUCUGGUCAUUUCAGCACUAUCUGCAAAAAUGUGAUUGAAAUUUUUUUUGUGUGCGCUGCUUAAGUAACAUGCUCAUGUAGUCUCAUUACUAUUUCCUCUGAAAAUAUACUUAAGCAACUUUUACUAAUAUUUUAACAAUCAUAUUGGAUAGUGAAAAUGUUUUUUUUUCCUGUUGAUUUACUGAAUUUCAUCAGAAUUAUAUAACUUGAUGUUUUUUUUGUUUCACUGAUUUAUGACUAUUGUUUUGAUAUAAAUAUGUAAUAUGUGCAUGCAGGCCUGAGCCAUUGCCUGGCAUCAGCUGCUGUGAGCAAAAGAUUUAAAAGUGCUACAAGGUACGAAUGGGGAAGAGUUUGGCGAACGGAUUUAACCGCACAGGCAACGAGGGUGACUCAAAAGUGUAGACGAUUUAUUUUAUUAUUGUUUAUGCUUUACUUAAAGACAAAAAGAAGUGGCUGUUGAAUCCGGCUGACACAAUCUGCUUCAGUAGCAUGAUUUUAAUUAUGUGUUCUCCACAUUUUAAUGCAGAUAUUCAUGGAUUUUAGAAAGUAAUUCAAGAUACAAGUAGUUAAGUAAUAACCUGAGAAAUCCCCAUCGCAAAUUACAAAAAUAAAAAGUGUUUCCAGACAGUCCCGAUUCCUUCGGUAGUUCUGCAGCUCAUGAGAAAAAAAAUAAAACAUGCACAAUUCAUACUGAGUUAACUCUAAAUGUGGCACCUUCAGUGAAAGUGAAGGGUUGAUUGAGCUUCAACUACCUGCACAGAAAGUUCCCCAGACGUGUAACAUGAAAACUACUUAUCUGAAGUGUUUCAGAUCUGAGAAAGUGCCUGAAGGAUUAACUCUCUGGAAAUCACUUAUUAGGCGGUAAGACUUGAAUUCCUCAAGUCUCUAGUUCUGCUGAAACCAAGGAAUAUAUUGUCCUGAGUUAAGUUCAACCAGAAAGAAUAGCUGCUUUCAGCAAGUACUUUUAAAACUCUCUUGCACAAAUGAGGAGUUUUUAAUGUUUUGUAUGGUAUAUUUUUUAUUAAUGACAAUUAAAAACUUUGAGAAAA